AGUUCGCGUCGAAUACUACGUGAACGAAAAUACAUUUAAGGAGCGACUUCAACUUUACUUCAUCAAAAAUCAACGUUCCAGUUUGAGAAUACGAUUGGCCAACUUGUUUUUUAAACUGGUGACAUGCUUCCUCUAUAUAUUCCGUGUGAUCAUCGACAACGAUCCGACAUUCGCCACGUGCUACGGCUGUAUACCUGGCAACAAGACCGAAUUUCUGGCAUCUCAAAAUCUCACCGAGGAAGAGUUUCAGGAGCAUCCUACUAUCAACUGGGAUGCUAUAGUAUGGGUCAGACGACCUUUAGAACUUUGGGUGGUCCAGGUCAUCCUAGCAAUGGUCUCCUUAACCGAAGCUCUUCUAUUGGCCUAUCUCGGUUACAAGGGUAACAUCUGGCAGCAGGUGCUCUCCUUUCAUUUCAUCCUAGAACUGGUGAACACGAUACCCUUUACUAUCACGUUACUGUAUCCGCCAAUGCGAAAUCUUUUUAUCCCGGUAUUUCUGAAUUGCUGGUUGGCCAAACAUUCCCUGGAGAACAUGUUUAAUGAUCUGCACAGGGCGAUGCAAAAGUCACAAUCAGCAUUGAGUCAGCAAUUAAUGAUCCUCAGCGCGACUUUACUGUGCCUCGUAUUCACUAGCGUCUGCGGGAUCCAACACUUCCAAAGAGCCGGUCACAGGCAUCUCAAUUUAUUUCAAAGUACUUAUUACGUCGUGGUGACAUUCUCCACCGUGGGCUACGGUGAUUUUGUACCGGAUAUUUGGCCGUCUCAACUCUACAUGGUGAUCAUGAUCUGCGUUGCUCUUAUAGUGCUUCCAACACAGUUCGAGCAGCUCGCGUUCACAUGGAUGGAAAGGCAGAAACUAGGAGGAUCCUAUUCCUCCCAUAGGGCCCAAAGUGAAAAGCACGUGGUGGUUUGCAGUACGACGUUGCAGGCCGAUACCAUAAUGGAUUUUCUUAAUGAGUUUUAUGCGCAUCCGCUGCUUCAGGACUAUUACGUUGUCCUCUUGUCGCCAAUGGAACUGGAUACGACUAUGAGGAUGAUCCUCCAGGUGCCCAUCUGGGCACAGAGAGUGAUUUACAUUCAAGGAUCAUGUUUAAAGGAUGGCGAUCUGGCGAGGGCGAGGAUGAACGAGGCUGAAGCUUGUUUUAUCCUUGCGGCUAGGAAUUAUGCAGAUAAAACAGCUGCGGAUGAGCACACUAUAUUGAGGUCUUGGGCUGUAAAGGACUUUGCGCCGAGCGUUCCACAGUACGUCCAGAUCUUCCGUCCGGAGAACAAGCUGCACGUUAAGUUUGCUGAACACGUGGUAUGCGAGGACGAAUUCAAGUACGCGCUCCUUGCUAACAAUUGCACGUGUCCAGGUGCAUCGACUCUAGUUACAUUAUUAUUACAUACAUCAAGGGGACAAGAGGGUCAGCAGUCCCAGGAAGAAUGGCAUAGACUCUACGGGAAGUGUUCUGGGAAUGAAAUCUAUCACAUAAUACUGGGUGACUCCCGUUUCUUUGGCGAGUACGAAGGCAAGUCUUUCACUUACGCUUCCUUCCACAGCCACCGGAAGUACGGGGUCGCCCUAGUUGCCGUCAGACCUGCUGAAUUACCAGAAUUCUACGAAGACACGAUCCUUCUUAAUCCAGGACCUCGUCACAUCAUGAAGAAAACGGAUACUUGUUACUAUAUGAGUAUAACCAAGGAGGAGAAUUCUGCAUUCGUCGUAGCUAAUCAUCAAAGUAGCGUCGCGACGGAACCGACGGGGGUUGUUGUGGAUAAAAACUCGGAUACGUCGGCGACCGGAAGUGAAAACGCGGCGGUACCGUCCUCUAGCACAAUGGCUACAACGACCAUGGGGACAACUACGACUACCACCAUGACGGCGACGUCUGGCUUUUCAGCGAUGUCCACUUCCGGUGGAGGGAACGGUACAGCAAUGAACAAUGGUGCAGAGGCGCACCUUCGGUUUUCCACCAGUUGUAAUCCGCUGACCGAUAACACUAGGCCCGUGACCUGGACGGGGCCCCGGGGACAGGGUCAAGGAAAUUCACCAGGCCCGAAGGCCCCGUUGCCCCCACAGGUUAUCUUGCUGGUCCCCCCUAGCACGCCCACACUCCAACAUCACAACCUACUCGCAUCCGAUGUUCACCCAACUUAUCUGGAUCCAGCAGGCUUAGGAGACUCAAGGCAAUGUAUAAAGGACGCAGGAUCAUCACCACCAACGCCAAUUACUGGAAAUCAUCUAGACGUGCCACGCUCGAUGGAUCCAAAUCCAAAUUUGCUCAGUCCGGAAAUAUUGAUGCAAAGAAGAGGUAGUAGACGACCCAGUAUACUUCCGGUACCGGAUAUGAUGACUAGCUCGACCCUUCAUCUUCCUGGUCAGGAAUCAUUGGACCACGAAGGUGAUGAGUCUGAGGAUGAGAUGGAUGAUGACGUCCCUUGGAGAUCACCCAGUGAAAAAAUUGCUUUUAAAGGAAUUGUCAAAGGAUUUCCACCUGUGUCGCCAUUCAUCGGUGUGUCGCCAACCUUGUGUUACCUCCUUAAGGAAAAGAAACCACUCUGCUGUUUGCAACUGGCACAGGUUUGCGAGCACUGCAGUUAUCGAAAUGCUAAGGAAUACAAUUGGCAAAACAAAACUAUUAUACUGGCAGCGGAUUACGCGAGCAACGGAAUAUACAACUUUAUCAUACCGCUGCGCGCGCAUUUCCGAUCAAAAACUUCCUUGAAUCCUAUCAUUCUGCUAUUGGAAAGGAGACCGGAAAUUGCUUUUCUGGAUGCUCUUUCUUACUUCCCGUUGAUAUACUGGAUGCUGGGCUCCAUUGACUGUCUCGAUGAUUUACUCAGAGCAGGAAUCACGCUUGCUGAAAAUGUCGUGGUUGUUAACAAAGAACUUAGUAAUUCAGCUGAAGAAGAUACACUGGCUGAUUGCAAUACGAUCGUAGCUGUGCAAACCAUGUUCAAAUUCUUUCCGAGCAUAAAAAGCAUAACGGAGCUGUCUCAAUCGAGCAAUAUGCGGUUUAUGCAGUUCAGGGCACACGACAAGUAUGCACUGCAUCUCAGCAAAAUGGAAAAGGUACUCCUCAGUGCUACUUCCAGUGACAACUACCCCGAUGAGCCUUCGAUGGGCUCCCCGAGAGAAAAGGAAAGAGGUUCUCACAUAUCGUACAUGUUUCGACUUCCGUUUGCCGCCGGAAGUGUAUUCAGUGCGUCCAUGUUGGAUACCCUACUUUACCAAGCCUUUGUGAAGGACUACGUGAUAACUUUCGUGAGAUUACUGCUAGGAGUGGAUCAGGCACCAGGAUCAGGAUUUUUGACAUCAAUGAGAAUAACAAAAGACGACAUGUGGAUAAGAACAUAUGGAAGACUCUACCAGAAGUUGUGUUCGACGACCUGCGAGAUCCCAAUAGGAAUCUACAGGACGCAGGACACGAGCGUAGCCGACAUUUCGCACGGCGACUCAGACGCUGAGAGCGACACUGGCGUCGGGGUGACAUAUAAGGUUCGUCAUUCCGCAGCAGCUUCCUGUCUAGCGAAUUGCGCGAAUCGCGACAAGAGUGCUUCCGCUGUAAGUAUUGAUUACUCGAUGAGCCUCAGCGAUGAGGCCCGGGACAAUCAUGCCCAGCAAAUCGAAAGGGCGGAAAUCGCGAACCUGGUGCGAUCGCGUAUGGAGUCAUUGAACCUGCCAGUAGCGGACUACGACGACGUGUCCGAGAAGAGGAACUCCUUGUCGUACGUGAUAAUAAACCCCAGCUGCGAUUUGAAGCUGGAGGAGGGUGACAUAGUCUAUCUGGUAAGGCCGAGUCCAUUCUCCGCGCAGAAGACGUUCGAGAGACACAAUUCGCGAAGGAAGAGCAACAUCAGUUUCUGCUCGGCUCAGCUGGUGGCGCAGAUGAGCGCAGCGGUAGCGUCGGCUGGGAUUGGUGCCGGAGCCGGUGCCGGCGGUCCAGGAAGUCGACGAGGCUCCGGGAUCGGAUUAGCUAGAGCACCACCUCUCGGAAGUACAAAGUCGAACUCUCUCUCUUUACCGGACAGUCCCACCGUAGCCGGCACCCUAAGAGGUCGUUCGAAUUCCCUGCGAGUAGUCGACGACAUCCUCCUCAGGAGGAGCAACUCCCUGAGACAAGGUCUGACCACGAGGCGAAAGAGCAGCUUGGAGGACAUCGGCCUGGGGGCACUCUCCCACCCCUCGAAUCACAAUCCCAUCAAGAUCGCCCUGAACGGCUCCAUCGGUCUUGAGGUCACACCACCGGAAGAGGGUACUCUGGGUAGUAUCGCCAGUAACACCGGAAUCCUCGAUGUGGGUUUACCCUCUAUGCCGACCAUGGGUGCCGGCUUCGGCCCAUCCCUUGGCGCUGGUCUUGGUGGCUCCCUUGGCGGCCUCUACGAUCCACCCUCCCUUCAGAGUCCAAUGGGACCAUCCCCCAGCCAAACCCAAACUGGCCCCCAGGACCCCCAGCACAUCCAAGGGACGAUAGUAUGAUACAACCUCAUGUGGGGACGCAGACACUCAAGUGUAAUGAAGCGAAACAAGUGGAUUUAGCGUUCCCACAUAGGCUUAGCGACCCAGCCUCGAUCCUCUACAGACAGACACCCUGAUGGUCGUCGACCUCUCGAUCAUGGGAUGACCGACUCAUGGUACGUCAGCGAACGCCUCCGUCGACUCGGAGGUCACUCUGCCGGAAGAGGGAACUCCGGGAGGUGGUGCUCGUAACACCCGUGUCCUGUGCCACGAGGACGACAACCUAGCCACUUGUACUCCUUUGCGAUCACCUCUCGACGAUCUUGUCUUUAUCGGUCGCUCCGACUUCCAACGCAUCGAUCUCGAACUUGGCGAGAUUUUUGGAGAUAAAAUCAGCGGCAAGAGAACUGCGCAUGCGCGGUAGUAAUAUUGUUAGUCUGAUAACCUUCGUACAGUAUAUACUAUAUAUAUAUAUGUACAUGCAAACAGGGUUAUUUGAUAGAAACGCACCAUCUGAAAUUGGUGCGCCCAUUAUAGUCUUAUGGAAAAACCAUAUUCAGAUGGUGCGUUUGGACUGAAUAGCUGGUAUAUAUUGUAACGGCAAUUUUCAUAGUGAAAUCGCGUUUAUAAAUAAAUGAGACUCUAUGGAAAAUUAAAAGAAAGAAAGAAACCGAUAAACCACGUUGAUUGGCGCCAGGUACAGUGAAGCUGUACCGCUUAACUGUCUCCAAAAUUUACCAUGGCUAACUUUUAUGCGGUGGGGUCCUAGGUUUGCGAGACAAAUUAUUAUUGACUUUAUAAAACACCAAAAAUCAAAUCUAAAUUAAAAUAAAUAAAUUCUCUACAAUAUUCUCAACUGAAUAUGCAAGUUAAACUGUAUUAUACAAAAAUUAACGUUAGCUAGUGCUAACGGAUUCACGAUACCCUUGCGCUAAGAAAACGAUUCUGUGAAGCAUGGACUGUAUAGGCGAUAACGCAAAACCAAAAUAUGACACAUGAACGUCAUCAGACAGCACUAAUCCUUCAAAACGCCACUGAUCAGCAAUUCGCGAAUCCAACAAUGAUGGGAAAUGCGUAAGGCACGACAUUGCGACACGGUCUAUCAAUCGCUAACGUAAAUAUGGCCAACUCGCAAAAGCGUCUCUCGCCGCCUUCCCAGUCGCUCUAAAUAUCCACAGGAACACAAUCUCCCAGGUAUCUGGACCCUCAAACGGUAACGAUUCUGUACUAUACCCUAUAUAAGACCAGACAAGACUAGACAAAACAAUACAAGACAAUGACACCUCAAUGGCCCGUAGUAUUCAAAUUUUGACAGGGUCCAUUCUGAUCUGCUUGAAAAGUAUGAAACACAAAAAAUCGUUCCCACGAGGGAACUAAGUAUAAAUUUAGCAAAUAAGACAGUACAACAUCACGAAAUCCCUUCCCUACGCAUAAGGCCCCACGUUGUAGCCGAAAAUCUUAGAAUUCCACGUUUUGUGACGUGCAUCCCAAAAUGCCACUUUACAAUAUAUAUACGUAUAUACUAUAUAUAUAUAAUAUACUAUACGUAAUUCCUGAGAAUUUUAUACUAGAUAAUUAGAACGAAGGAGGAGCGUUACUUAACAUGACAAUUUUAUUCAUAUCAGUGAUAGACUUUUAUCUAGCCUGUCGAGGAUCACCGUCUUUGUGAUUCCCUAUGGUCAGCGAAUUUGCAAGGACAGUGCGAAAGCCAAAUAGAGAACAGAAGUAUAAAAGAGAGUGUGCGUACUUGAUGCGUGAAAUGAUGAGAGCAUGAAAGAGAAGGAGAUAGGCAAGGGUGAUAUAAAAUCGGCGAAUGUUAAGAAAGUAAAAAAGUGAACAAUAAAAAAUUCGAUAAGAAUCGGGAGACUGCGACAUGUGCACAGACUUACGUCAUAGAGCGUCAGAGAUUAUAAAGGUGCAACGAACGAAAACCAAAACUUUGAAUCUUAAGAGCGCCAUCCUUAUUCCUCCUUUUUCUUCAUUUCUCGUUUCCUUGGUACAUAUAAAUAAUACAGGCGGCGUUAUCCAAUUUAUCUUGAAAGAAUAAGAAAAAAAAAACAUCAAACAAUUCUCAAUGCAAAUUUUACAUUUCAGCACGAGCUCCUGCAGUUCAUGCUUCUUUUUUGACAAUCCGUUAAUUGAAAAUCAUUAUCAAUAUAUACUUGUUGUACUGACUAUCCAAAAUCCAAAAUCUACUAUAAAACGAAAUAAGUAAAUUAAUAAAACACAUUUAUCGACCAAUCUACACAGAACACGUGUUUUUCGCUGUACGCUUUAGCAACUUGGCAUCGGCUAGAGGUUCCUUUUAAAUUAACCUUUAGGCUCGAAAUGGAAAGUCGUCCGACGCAGUCAGACAAAUUACUCUCACUGUGUUUGUAUAGGAGAAAACGGAGUAAUGCCGGCUAGUCUAUUUUCUACAUAUUUUACUCUAUAGGGAAAACAAAAUCCAUAUUGAUCCUAUGGUCUGCGUAGGUGCCAAAUGCUUCAUUUUUCUUCAUACUAAUCAUUAUAUUGAUUAUAUACGUGCGGUUUCAUUUUUUCAUUUUCGAAACAUUAUACAAUUCAUUCAAAGAUAUGAAAUCCAUAUGCUUUGCUAUAAAUAAUUUAAUAAGUAUAUUUGCAAAAAUUAUAUUCACUUUUUGAGCAGUAUUGUCACCCUAUCAACUAUAUCCGUGUGUGACAAUUAAAAAAAAAAGAUCUUUCUUUAAAAUUUUUUCAAAAUUUUGGCUCACCAUAUUGGAUCCACCGUUGUGAAUUUUAAUAUGUUUUACCUCAAAUUUGUAUUUAGCGAUUUCUAAAAACUUUUAAGUACUGAGUUUUAUAAAAAUCAAAGAGCAUUCGCAUUUUGUUCUUCUUUGGUUCGGUUGGUGAUUAUUUUCUUGCAGAUCAAAAGGUUGAUCCAAUAUGACAGUAAAAACUUAAAAGAUUCAUCCUUUCUCUAUUGAUUUCUAAUGAUAAAAAAUUUUUAAAAAAACAUCGUCGCCAUUAACCAGUUUUCCCCUAUUAUUAUUAUGAUUGUACACUAGCAGACUAUAAUAACCAUUUUUGUAGGUAGAGGCGCACGUUGUAUGUUUUUCGAAAGUGAUAUUUUCCAUUUGCGUCGGAUGUGCUAUUGUGCCGAGUGUCGAGAACAGUUGUCGUACUAGCUUUACGAUUUUAUCCAUUAAUUAUACAUAGUGUAAUGCGUACACCUAAAAUUAUAUGGACACGCAAAUACGUAAAUAGCGACCAUAGCUUGUAUACACGAGAACAGAUCAUUUUACACUGUGACGAUUUUAACGAAUUUAAUACCUUUUGGAUUUUAUUCAUAAUCCGUGCAGUCGGAACUUACUUGCCCUCGAGUCAUGUGUAACUCUUUAUACACGUACUGUAUCGAUCAGUCAGAUUGUUGUCAGUGUUAUUUAUCGCAAUCGUCACCCCUAGAAAGUAUGAUAAUGUAAAAAAAAUUCAAACUAAUAUAUAACCGUUUAAACCGAAACAGUCCUUGGAUUGUCCAAGUGGUUCAUAUAAAUUUUUUUUUUUAUAUAUUAUGCUCGUGUAAUUAAUCUGGAUCGAAAAUUCCGACUGCACGGUUACUCAAAUACACUCUGUUAAUAAGAUGUAUCUUUAUCUUAACUGAUGCUUUAUCAUUUCAUUCAUCGAUAGGCGUACCGCUGUAAUGUUUUCCGGUUUACGGACACUUUUUCGAAUAGACGUUUGUUCGAAUGAAUAAUUUUUAGAAAAUUCGUUGAACGGAAGCAUCAAAAAAUUGUACUUUAUUACAAACUAGAAAUUAAUUACAACUCUUUAUUUUAUUUAAACAAAAUUUUUUUCGGGCAAGAUGACAGUUUGGAAGUCUUACCUAACAUAGCCACUUUUAAGCUCAUCAUAUCAGAGUUCUAAAUGCGGUUUUAUAUUUAACUAAACAAGAAAUCGGUGAAUCGGUGAACCUUUAUACACGCGCUGUCCGUGCGCCUAUCGAAUUAGUGAUUUAUGGAAUAAUUUCGAGAAACACUAUUUACGAAAAAAUGUCAGUUCGAACAAAUGUCCGUGUUCGAACCAGUGUCUUUCGAAAAAGUGUGCUUCGAACAAAGGAGUUUGAAAAACUGUCCGAAUACGGUAUUUUCCUUAUACAAAAAAAAAAUGUUUUAAAAAAAUUGCGAAUCUCAUUUGUACGAAUAACACGGCAUUUUUUCCUAAAACAGCACUUUGAUUCCUCGAUAAAACCAAAAUUGGAUAUAACAGUUUUUGAAAUUAUAUAACGCAUACAUUAAUACGAAAAUACAUGUAAAUAAUAAAAUAAUGACUAUUCGAAAAAAAAGCACAUUUUUAAAAUCAGUCGAUAUUUUCGCACGUCAAAUUAUUUGAUUUUUGCAGAACUAUUUCAGAAUUUUUGAUAAUCGAGGAAAUAGAGUAAUUAGUUAUAUUUUUCAUCAUUUUUUUUCCAUUUCAAUUUCCUUUUCACAGUCACAUGUAAUAUAUCGAAACUUAAUCGUUAAUCCGUGAAUAUAUUGUCUGUUAAAGUGUUUAAAAAAAGAAACAGAAAAGUAACAAAAGAAAAUUAUAUUAUUAUACUGACUUCACCAUCAGUAUUUUCGACGUCCGCACGUGACUUCUCGUUCCAAUUAAUAACGUGAAGAUAGCUGUUUCAGACGACCGGAACGAGAUGCACGGAAAAAUUCGAAGGUGGACGAGCAUCGCACGAAAUUUCGUGACUUUGUUUUCGAUAAGUGCGACGCUCUACGAAGAGAUCAAUUGGAUUCUUUAUAGAUUAA